AUGGUUCUCAUUAUUCUUCCGCCGCUUGCUGAGAGCGAUACAAUUCCCCAAAAUAUAUACAAUGGCUCAUCCUCCGACGACUCUGACUCAGGUGGCAUGGACAUCGACUCUGACAACCUAGAAAAUCGACCACGAAAGCGCGUCCGACUAGGCAAGCACUCCAUGACCAAGGGCUCAAUCGUAGUCCCAGGCGAACCAGUGACCGACGAAACACAAUGGAUGAGAGGUCACGGCACAACUACGCUCCUCAGCCCUUCGUCAACCCUCAUAACCGCGACCCUCGCCGGCCCAAUAACACCAACCAACAAACUCCUCUCUGUCCUCCCGAUUCGCGCUCGCUAUAACCCCGAGGUCGGCGACUUGGUCAUCAGCCGCAUUGUGUCUGUUGAGAAAUCACAGUGGCGCGUCGAUGUUUCUGCACCUCUACUGGCGAAGUUGAGCAUGAGUAGCAUAAACUUACCAGGUGGAACGUUGAGGCGGCGGACGGCGAACGAUGAAUUACAGAUGAGACGGUAUUUUCAGGAGGGGGAUCUUCUCGUCGCAGAGGUUCAGAGCAUCAGUAGUGGAGAUGGGAGCGCGACGUUACAUGCGAGAAGUUUGAGGUAUGGAAAGCUACGGAAUGGGACGUUUCUUGCUGUUUCGGGGACUGGUGGGGGUGGGGGAAUUGUGAGGAGUAGGAGGCAGCAAUUUACUCUUGACACGAGUUCGGGAGCACAGGGUGGUGGAGAGGUGGAUGUUAUUCUUGGGGUGAAUGGGUAUGUUUGGCUGAGCAAGCAUAUUGAGGAGAGGAGUGGUAGUAAAGCUGGUGGUGUGGAUUUGGGGAUCAGUAACCUUGAUGAAGCGGUUAGUGCUGAGGCGUAUAGUUCUCAGAACGAUAUGAUUGAGGAAGGCACGAGGAGGGAGAUUUCGAGAUUAUGUGAGGUUAUUAAGUGUCUGGCAGAGGGCGCCAUAAGAGUCGACGAAGAGAGUGUUAGAAGAGGCUAUGAGGUAGCUGUGGAUUUGGCGCUGAGCCGAGAAGGUGGGGGGAGCCUAGAAGCAGCUGGACGGGAGUUGCUAGAAGCAGAGUCUAGAAGGCGAAUUGUGGAUGGGGUGGUAGCAGGGUGA